AUGGAGAGACCUUUUCGCAUGUUGACAGUAAAACAGGUGCUGGAGUGUGUGCGCCAGGGAGACCUGAAGGACUUUUACGUUCCAGUCAUCCCAGAACACAGGAAGUUCCUGCGGUUCUCUUUCUGCGACGCGCAGUACCAGUACACACGCCUGCCGUUCGGUUACUCCUUGGCCUUGCGCACUUACUUCAAUAAAAGAAAACCAUCUAAAUAUGACGACAUUGCCUGCAAAAGUGUUCUGAUCCAAUCAGGACCUCCUGCUGUCUACCAGCUGAGACCAAAGAAAGAGAACAUUGGAUCUCUAAGAAGAAUGACUCUCGGUGAAAGAAAUGUGAACAAGAUAAACAAAACCAUCUUGCUUGUGGGUGAAACAGGAGCAGGAAAAUCUACUCUGAUCAACACUCUGGUCAACUACGCCAUGGGAGUGAAGUGGGAGGACAAGGUCUGGUUUAAGAUCGUAGAGGACGAGAAAGACGAGGAGAGAAUCCAAACACAGAGCCGGACAUCAGCUGUGAUGGUGUACCAGGUCUUUGGUUUUGAAGGUGAAACUCUGCCCUACUCUCUGACCAUCAUCGAUACUCCUGGAUACGGAGACACCAGAGGGACUGAACAGGAUAACACAGUUAGUCAAAGAUUAUUAGACUGGUUCCGCUCAGGGGACGGAGUUCAUGAGGUUAAUGCAGUGGGUCUGGUGCUGAAAGCAACUGACAAUCGACUGAGUGACCGACUGAAGUACGUCUUUGAUUCAGUGGUGUCUCUGUUUGGAAAAAACAUGGAGAAGAACAUUGUUGCUCUCAUCACACACUCAGAUGGAGGAACACCUGAAAAUGUUCUGAAAGCUCUCGAGGCUGCAAAAAUUAAAUGUGCCAGAAAUGAAAAGAAUCAACCUGUUCACUUCCUGUUUAAUAACCGCCAGGAUGAAGACAGAACAGAGGACACAGACGCCCUUCAACAUGCAGAUAAAACAACUACCAAAGGAAUGAGACAGUUCACAGAGUUUCUGGAAGAAACUGCACCUCAGAAUCUGAUGACAACUAUUGAAGUGUUGAAUUCACGAAUCAGACUGACAGCCUGCAUCCAAAACCUGAAAGAGAGAGUUGAGUUCACUGAACAAAAACAGAGAGAAAACCAACAGACUCAGGAAGCUCUGAAGAAACAUGAAGAAGAGAAGAAGAGAAAUGAAGAGUUCACUGUAGAAGUUGAUGAGGUCUACAAAGUUAAAGAAGAUAUCAGCGGUGGGAUGUGGGGGUUGGUGUUUUAUGAAGGAGCUGUCUGCUGUAAAGUCUGUGAGGAGAACUGUCACUAUCCUGGAUGCACACUGUCCUGGUAUCCUAAACACUGUGAGGUCAUGAAAGGUGGCCGCUGCACUUCAUGUACCAGGAAGUGUCCUGUAUCAGAUCAUGUGAAAGAAAAGUGGAUCUAUGUGACCAAGACAAGGAAAGUUCAGAAGACCCUGCAAGAUGUGAAAGAGAAGUAUGAAAAAGGUAAAGCAGGAUGUGAGGAGACAACAAGCCUUUUGGAAACUUUAGAAAAGCAAAUGGAAAAACUUCAGAAAGGAAAAGAUCAGAUGUUGGAAAAGUCCUUCAAACAUGUUGUCAGACUGGAUCAGAUCGCCCUGAAUGCUGAUUCACUGUCCACUCAUGUCCACUUGGACUUCCUGAUUGAGAAGAUGAAGGAGAAAGGAGACGCAGAGAAGGUCCAGAAACUGGAGGAGAUGAAGAGUCGAAUGGAUGAAGGAACCAGAGAAGGAAUGGGGGUGACGAGGCUGAGGACAGAGCUGGGGGGGGGGGACUUGAUGGUCACAUGGUGCGAGCAGAACCAUCUGCAGCUCAACGUGACAAAGACUAAGGAGCUGGAUGUGGAUCUGAGGAGAGCAAAGGCACCAAUGGGGCAAAGAAGAAACACCCGCUUGUUCCCUGAUUCCAAGAAAGGGACCACUGAACACAACCUGAGCAGCUGCUCCAAGGUCCUGGUCUUCAAGUCCAUUGCUGAGGCAGUCUGCAAAGGCAUCAGCGACAGCAGAUAG